UGCGGUUUGUGGUGACUUGACGUGUUUGGGUUUCAAGGAAAUUGCCAUCCGGGUCAAACAUGACGGAUAAAAGUGGGAUCGACACUCUUUGAGUUCAUUCAGCGCCGGUCUACCACGAGUAUCAGACGUGCCCUUCGCGCACAUUACCGUAACAAAUAUGGGUUUACUUUCAGACAACACGCGAUUUUUUAUUUUCAUUCACUGUCUUAUUUCAGUUUUACAAUUAGUAUCCGGCAAUGGCAUGCUACAAAUACAGCUAGUAUCCUACGUCAACCCGCACGGACUUUUAAUGGACGGCAACGAUUGUGAUAACGACGAGACAGAGUGUGACACUUGGAUGGAAUUCUGCAUACGGCAGUCACCCUAUCACAUCAACUCAACAUGUCGAUAUGGCAAUGAAAGCACAGGAAUAUUAGGGGGCGACGCAAUAGAUUUUACCUCUGGACAAUUUCUAGGGAAUGGACUUACGAACCCUAUUGCUUUUCCGUUCACUGACGAAUGGCCGAGUCAGUUUGGUUUAUUUGUACGGGUAUUUGAUGAUGACACCACUGGUGAUGAAUUAAUCGAUGAAUAUUAUAAGACUAUUCAAAUUGAGCCCGGCAAAACUGAGCAGAGUGCUUUGUGGAGAACUGAACUUAUGUUGGGAGAAAAUACACAAAUUGAAACGCAGGUCAAGGUUUUCUGCGAAGCCGAUUGGUACGACCGUCACUGCAACACAUACUGUAAAGCUGAACCAGAAGAUACUUACACAUGUGAAUAUUCCACUGGUACUAUAGUUUGCAAAUUAGGGUGGGUCGGACCUGAUUGUGAUAUGGCUCUUUGUGCAACUGGAUGUCACCCGAUUCAUGGCAGUUGUACACAGCCCAGAGAAUGCAUUUGUGAAGAGUACUGGACGGGUAGACGCUGUGACCAAUGCAUUCCUAAAGCAGGAUGUGCAAAUGGUUUUUGCACUGUUGGAAAUGACUGUAUCUGCAAUGACGACACCUGGGCAGGGGAACUUUGUAAUAUUGAUUUGGAUUCUUGUCGGAGCAAUCCAUGCCUAAAUGAGGCACAUUGUGAAAGUACAGGACCAGAUGCUUACAACUGUCAGUGUACAACUGGUUUCACUGGUAUUAACUGCGAGACAGAAAUUAAUGAGUGUGACUCUUCACCAUGCCAGAAUGGAGGUACUUGCAUUGAUGGUCCUGGUAUCUAUGAAUGUAACUGUGGACUUUCAUAUGAAGGAGUAAACUGUGAGAGUGAAAUCAAUCACUGUUUGGUACCAGGUGUCGGUGGAGAAAUGGUUCCAUCUGGAGCUUGUGGUGAUCAUGGCACUUGUAUUAGUGAGCCAACUGUUUUUAUUUGUGAAUGCCACACUGGAUUUACCGGAAGAUAUUGCAAAACCAAUAUUGAUGAUUGCGUAGUAAAUGAGUGUAAACAUGGAUCGACCUGUGUUGAUGAUAUCAAUGCUUACCACUGUGACUGUCUUCCAGGGUGGGAAGGACAUCACUGCCAAAGAGAUAUUGAUGAAUGUAGUUCAAUGCCAUGUAAAAAUGGUGGCACAUGCACUGAUCUGUUAGCUGAUUUUGAGUGUGCGUGUCCUAAAGGGUGGGAAGGCAAAGACUGCACAGCAAGAGCUCCAGAUGAUUGUUUUGUGAUGAAAAAAGGUAUAAUAUCUCAUGGUGCCGAGUGGGAAGACGACUGUAAUGGCUGUCUUUGUGACGAUGGAAAUAUUAAAUGCAGUAAGAUUUGGUGUGGACCUGAUAACUGUCUGAACCUCAAUCCUGACAUAGAUGAAACUAAUGAUCAUGUUAUCAACACAUGUUCACCUGAAGCACCGUGUAGUCUAGUGUCAGAUAUUGAAUGUCUACAAGGAGUUUGUGAGGACUUUGGUAAAUGUAUUAACGAGAAUGACCCAGCACCAAAGGACGCUAAAUGUGGGGAAUCUUUCUUUGAGGAAAAGGCAACCACAUAUGCAUGCACAUAUGUAGGAAUGAGACUGGAUUUCAAUAUAUUGCCAAUGAAUACGACCGUAGAACAAGUCUGCGAUGCAUUGCGGGACAUUCAAGAUCUACGACCACAUGCAAUGGAAGACAGAUUGAUUAUUCAAUGUGAUAAAGAUUUGGAGAUGGAGAAG